AUGGCGGGCCUCGGCACCCGCGGACGCAGAAGGGACAACACUGGCGAUCAGGGACCGGAGCAGCAGCGAGAGCACACCCCUCCUGCUUCUCCAUUGGCGGAUCCCCCUGACCGAGAGCCCCCUGGAGGUUCAACACCCCCAAGGAGCCUUGCAGUGGACCCCCCGGAGGAUCCACUUCCUUGCGGAGAGUUCCCACCGGAGGAAGGCCUUUCCGAAGCGGAGAGACUCCGCCGGGGAAAGACACACUCAGAGGAAGCAUGCCCCUCCAACCUCACCGGGACUGCACCAUCAACAGAGGACUUGGUGGAACUCACCCCGGACGAGAUCACCCGCUUUGCCAAGUACCAGGAGCAGCAGGCAGCCCAACAACGCACCCGAGCCCGAGAGGGUGAGGAGCACCGCCAAGCUGAGAAACAGUGGGCCUCCUACCAAAGGCCUGACGUCACUCACGCUGCUCGAGAGAGGCCUCCCGGACAGCACAUCAUGGCGCCUCCUGCCACGUCACCCGCGCCAAGAGUUGCAAGGGGACAAGCUGCUCCGCGACCAGCAUCACCCGAGCACCAUGCGUCAUUGACUUUCAACCAGGCCAGCACUCCACCGCGAGCGCCUCCUACUUACGCUCACGCCAAUGGCAAGAACGGGGCGCCUGAAGGACCUCGCCCCGCGCCGUACCAGCAGCCUAACUUUCCGGCGCCCGCUUACGUCAGACCCCAUCAGGAGGCCCCACCUGCCAUGGCGCCUGCGUUCCAAGCUGGCCAGUUUGGGGCCUACCCAUCUGCUAACCAGCCGAACAUGGAGUUUUCCGGAGGGAGCCCCCACGCGGCCGCAUCAGCGCCACCGCCGGCACCAGCACCACCCUUUGCCACGUCAUCACCGGUGGGCCCAGGCUACCAACCGUACCCGAACCACGCUGCACCUUCUGCUGGCCCCCAAUACCAGCCGCCAGGGCACUAUCAUCCGUACGGCGUUCCGUUGAACCAAGGCGCGUUCAACCCGACCGCGGCGCCACCGGGCCAAUAUGGCCAAAAUGGCGGACCACCUGUGCCCCCACCUGGCGCACCCUCAGCUUCGUUGUCGCUGUUUUACACCGGCCCCGGCUACACCGCCACGCAGGCGCCCUACCAGCAGCCCUUCCCGGCGGGCGCGCCCUACCCGGCCACCGGUCCGUAUGGCGCCCCACAACACCCUCCAACGGACAGCCGGAAUGGCGCGUACAUCUACGCCCCCACCGGAAUCUACAGCCACGGACCCGGUGCUCAGUACAGCGGCCUCCCGGGACUGCAGGCGAUGUACGGCCCUCCGAUUCCCAGCUAUGGCCCGGCGCCGCCAUCUGAAAACCCUCAGGCGCCGAACAAGAUCUUCCAAGCGCAGAAGAUCGGAAGGCCGUUCAAGGGGACCAUAGAGGAGGAAGGCCGGCGCGCGCGAGACUUCAUCUCGCAAUUCGAGAUGACGAGGCGGGCGACGCCAGGUCUCACCAACGCACAACUCGUCACCACAGCCAUCGCCAACUUACAAGACGCAGCGGAAUCCUGGUACUUCACCGAGGACACCAAGUAUUACCAGCUCGCGGGCGCUAACUUGGUGGACGACUGGGAAAGCUUCAAGCGACUGUUUUUACAGCGCUACGGGAAGGCGAUCGUGGACGCGGAGUUCCUCAACUAUCGCGUCAAGUCGCAAGACUUAGCCGCCGAGGCCACAUCCAACGAAGCGAAGAACCGCAAACCGAAGGAACCGGUGGAGGAGAAGCCGAAGCGCGCCCCGCGAGCUAUGGUGCGCUCGGUUGAAGACCCCCCACCGUUGGAGCCAAAGUCCACCGAGACAGAGGCUGAAGGACCCCGCCACGUCAGCACUGAUCGACAGCAACCGGACCGCGGCUACAACCGCGACAACCGAGGCAGUGACGGUCGGUACAACAACAACCGGGCCAACCCGAACGGAAGCCGCCCAGCAUGGAAUGGUCAGCGCCGCAACGAGGGCAAGCCGCGGCUCUGCUAUGGCUGCGGCAAGCCCGGCCACCUUCGCCGGGAGUGUCCUCAUUCCUCCGAUCAGAAGGGCGCGAACCUCAUCGAAGGAGAGUGCCCCUGCCGCACGUGCCACGAAGAGGGGGACGAUUACCCCCACGACUACGAUCCGUACGACGACCUUUCCGACUCUGCGCCGGAUUUGGAGUCGCCAGCUUCUGUCAACACUGUCUCCGCCCCUUGCGACGGCGCCGACAGCUUGGAGCUGGCUUCUGACGACACGGUCCAUGACGCUCACCUUGCCGAGGUUUACGCCGCCGAGGAGGUCGCUGACGAAGUCCGACGCUUCCUCCCGGCCCAACGCCAGCCUUUUCCUAUCAACUUGGGACCGGUUCUUCCACCAGCUCCACACGGAAACAACCCGCUCGCGGUGAGCGCUAAAGCGACCCCGCCGCAACGACCAGCGAACCCCCCCCCGAAAGCACCGGUUCCCCCCAUGGGCGAACCAACCGGAGACGUGGGCGGGCAGGCAUCUUCGCAAGCCUACGUGACGAACCGACCGACUGUUCAGGGAAGCUUUCCCCUAGAUUGGGUGCCUAUGACGGUCGCCGUACGACACGGCAGCCCCCAGUUGGUACGAGACCUCCAGACGACGGUACGGAAGGCCCUUCAAACUCUGAAGCGCCCCGCCGGGCCGCGUCCUUCCCCGCUAUCUGCGCCGCGCGCGGUGGAGACCGUCAACACCAUCAUCACGACGUCAGCAGAAUACCUAGAAGUCGACCCUGACGCCCCCCGACGCUCAAUCGCGAAGGUGGCUGCGAAAAUGGGAGGGGUUGACGGCCACCGGAAGAUUGCCUGGUUGGACAGCGUUGGCACGCCGCGCGCCAUGUUUGGCGUCAUCGACUACUCGACGGACCUCUUCCGGUUCAAGCUUCCUCAGACGCGAGCGUGGCGCUCACUUCCGCUACUUGAAGUCAGCCAAGUCCAAGGCGCGCCCACCGGACUCAUCUACCAGGCACCAGUGGCUCAGACCCUGACCGUCCCGGUGGUAUACCAGAUCGAAGCGCCGGACCCCCCGACCGCUGACGCUGAACCAGGCGGCCCCGGAGGCGAACCCGACCCGGACGGACCACCGGUCGACUCCGCCGUGACGUCAUCAGCAACCUUUACCGCGCCCCGGCUGAUCUCUACAGAUGGCGAGGAGCCCUCGAACGACAGCUCAGACGACCCUUCGUCCGACUUUUCCGAAACAUCAGCAAGCACCCCAACCGCAUCUCCGACGGACAGCUCUAGCGGCAGCUCGUCGUCAACUCAUCCUGACGUCAUCAUGACGGGCCAAAGCGCAACGGAGGGCACCCCUGACGUCAUCCCCGACCCACCGACUGAAGGACCUCCGACUACAGGCAAGCCGAUUACUCGCGCCAUCUUGCUACGCACCUUGGCGGAAGCUCGACGCCUGCUUCGUUUCUGUCUUGAACGCGAGCUGCUUCCACGCGCCCGCGUCGCCAUGUUGGCUCAACUCUACACGGAGGGUUUUGAACAUCACAACUACGGGGAGAUGCUACACCCGGUGGACGAAGCAAACGAAGCCCUCCUGCCAAUCGCCACUCGCCGGCGGCGCGGCUUUCAAUUCGUCAACCUCACCGAGGCUGAGGAGCAGAACUUUUCGGAAUCCUUCCGAGCAGCAGACGCAAUGCCGGUGGUCAACGCUACGGUGGUUCCCCCACCACCCGCCGCCAAUGCUGACGGCAGCGACGCCGAGCGGCGUGCCCACCGGGAGGCGGUCCGACCACAAAUCCGCCUGGCGGACAACUUGGACACCGGCCAGCGCGAGCAAGUGAUGACCCUUCUGGAGAAACACGCGCUCAUCGUUUCCAGGGACCCCACCGACUUGGGCCUCGUGCAGGGCUUCUUCCACCACAUCAACACCGGCGACUCCAAGCCCGUCAAGAUGCAACCUUACCGCCAAAGCUUCGCGGAAGAGGCGGAGAUCGACAAGCAAGUGGGUCCCAUGGAAGCGUGCGGCGUUGUCCAGCCCAGCGCGAGCCCCUUCGCCGCUGCCGUGGUGCUCGCGCGAAAGAAGAACGGCAAAUGGCGAUUCUGCGUCAACUUCCGCGGUCUCAACAAAGUGACAGUUCCCGACAACUACCCCCUGCCGCAAAUCAAUGCCAUCUUCGACCAGCUGGGCAACUCGCGCUACUUCACCAUGCUGGACGCGCAAUCCGGCUACUGGCAGAUACCCAUGGCGCCAGAGGACAUCCACAAGACAGCAUUCAUCACUCACUGCGGCUUGCGCGAAUUCGUCCGCAUGCCUUUCGGUCUCACCGGCGCGCCCGCGACCUACCAACGCGUGAUGGACAUCACGCUCAGCGACGAAAUUCACGGACCAGACCCAGUGGCAACCCAGUACCUGGACGACACGUGCGUUCACACCGAAGCCUGGGACAAGCACUUAGAAGCCUUGGACGCAAUCCUCACCAAGCUGGCCGCCAUCAACCUCAAGCUCUGCCCAACAAAAUGCCUGUUCGGCGCGAGCGAGGCCGAGCAUCUCGGACACAUUGUCCGCGAGAACCAGCUUUUGCCAGACCCUGAAAAGGUGAAGGCCGUAGCCAGCUGGAUGACGCCGAUCAACGUCUCCGAAGUGCGCGCAUUUUUGGGAAUGGUGGGCUACUACCGGCACUUCGUCGCGAAUUUCUCCCGCAUGGCGAAACCGCUUCACCACUUGACUAAACUCGGAACAGCGUUUGAGUGGAGCCCCGAACAAGCGCGCGCGUUUGCGGCGCUCAAAAAGGCGCUCUGCACAGCCCCCAUCUUGGUGCGACCCAAUCCGGUGAAGCCGUUCAUCGUCGACACCGACUACAGCACCGACGGAAUCGGCGCCGCUCUCAGCCAGGUGGACGACGACGGAAAAGAACACCCAAUCGCGUUCGCCUCCCGGUCGCUUCAUGGCGCCGAAGUCAACUACUCCACAACGGACGGCGAACUUCUGGCGAUGGUGUGGGCGAUUUCCGUCAAGUUCCGACCCUACCUUUACGGCGGGCCCACCUUCACCUGUCGAGUGGACCACAAUCCGCUGAUCUACUUACAUCAGCAGCGGAACCUUACCGGGCGACUGGCACGCUGGCACAUGAAACUCAUGGAGUACAACUUCACAGUUGUACACCGCGCGGGGCGCAUUCACAGCAACGUAGACCCGCUAAGCCGGCACCCACUCCACGACCCACCAGAGGAGGACUGGGACGACCUACCCGCUUAUGCCAGCUUCCCAUCAGCCGACCUGCCAACCGGAGAAGCUCCCACCGUGCUCAACAUCACGCGCUCGCGCCAACGCGCGAUUGCGCCCCCGCUGUCCGAGAGGCGCGAGUGUUUCAACCGCUCGCGACCCGGCCACUUCUCUCCGGUGUGCCCUACGCGCGCACAACGGCUCAACACAGCGGCUUUGCCUGAAGUCAACAUGAUCCUGGCGGACGACUUGGCCCCCGACUGGCUGCCAUCAUUCGAGACGGCUUGCGCGGCACCACCUCUACCGGAAUGGGAACCUGAUGUCAUCCCACUCGACGUCUUCUCCACCUACCAACCCAACUUUGACGGCGAACUAGUGGAAAUUGCUCCGACAGUCAACUACUGCGAGCCCAGUACCGACUGGUGGAAAAGCCGAACCCCCUCCCCCCCACCCGCUGAUCAACCCGGCACUCCACCACUCGUUUGUACAAUUGACCGAGCCCGGGACGUCUCGGAAUUGCAAGGGGACAGAGGUGUUCCCACCAUACGCUAUGAGGACUGGGCCCGCCAGCACCCGUCCGUUCCACGCGGCCCCGCAGAAGGCAGCCCGGAAGGAGCGGAACAACCUCUACCAACGGAGCCAACAGCCGCAUCAGCGGAGCCCUUGAGGGAGCCUACCGAGGCAACGGCGGAACAACCUGACCCAGACGAAGAAACGGAGGCAUGCUUAGCGCUAGCUGCACUCGCAGCAGACGAACAGCCUCAUCCUCAGCCUCAGCAUCAGCCUCUCCCGGCGCAGCCCCCGGAGACUAUCAACAUUGGGGAAAAGCGUAACCUAACGGAGACCGAAGGCGAUCAACCGGAGCUCCCGACUAAGCGCUUGCCGCUGGAGGACCGCACAGCGCUGGCCGUGACGUCACCACCGGAGGCCGAACCACCGAGCCCCGCUGAGCCGUCCCUCGCGCUGACGUCAGCAUCAUCCGAGCCAACAGAACAAGAGCCUGAUCUGAGGCUAGACGAAGGCCUGCAAAAGGAGAUUGAGCUUUCGAAGAACGUACGAGCGGAACCAACAGAGGCCGCGGUGGUCCCCCUGCCCACUCUGGAGUUGGACAACCCCCCACCGUUCGACUUGGCCAGCUUUCCAACUCCUGACCCGCUGAAGUACGUCAUCGGAGACCCUGACGUGGCAUACUACUUCAAAACUAGCUGCCUCCCCGCCUUCCACGGAGAGCCGGUUGAGAGGAGGAAGGACCUCCGGCGCCAGAUCCGCGACCGGUCCAAAAUGUACCACAUGGAGGGCGAGCGGCUCUACCGGCUAGCUUCCCCGAAGGCGCAACCAAAUCAACCACCACCUCCCAGCGUCAUCCGAAGGCCAGUACUCACCAAACCGGAGGCCGACUCGGUG